CAGCCACUUCCGGCGCAGCGGAGGCGCGGGCUGCCCGGGAGGCCCGAGGACGCCCAGCCCGGACGUGGCGUGGAGCCCCCCGCCCUCCAGGUGGGAGGUCGCCGCCUGUGCCCCCGCGCACCGGAGCCCCUGCUCUGGGCCACAGCUCGCGCCCUGCGACCUGCCCGCGCGCCCGUCAGCCCUGCGGCUCUCGAGGACGCGGCGCCCUCUCUGCGGCGGAGUCUCACCUCGGCGACCCGGAAUGCAAAUCAACAGAGUUCUCCUUGGUACAGAGCAGAGCCAGAAAAACUACACGAAACAGCAAAGGAAAAUCCUCCCUUAUGCGAGACACGCUGCCGCGGACUGUCAGCGGCAAAGAAGGCAGAUUGUACUUGACCCAUGUAUCAACCAUUCUACCUGGGCAUGUGUAGAACAGGGCAGUGCAGAAUGUCCGUGGGCUAAAGCUCCAGCAGAUCCACACCAAGCAACUUCAUUCAUUCUCUUAACACCACGUUUUAAAACGGUGAAGAUUUGAGAACUGUUCUUUGGCUUAGAACUCCUGCCUUCUUGUACCUGCUCCAUGCUUCAUGAACGCACAGCCGAUCUGAAUCAAAGCUCUGUCUUCUUCACUGGGUGACUCAGAGGAAAAUAAGAGGAUUCGGUGCCCAGAAUCCUGCUUUCACCUCUCCAGACAUUUAAACCAUUCUCCAGUUCCUCAGGCCCUUCAGCUCACCCAAGAAGUCAAAAGGUUCCAUUUCUUCAUCACAGUACAUGCAUACAGCCGGCAGAGAGCAAAGUUUGGUUAUCACCUUGGCACUGCUUAGCUCUGUGAUGCUGAAGACAUUCUCAUUUCUGUGCAUUACAGAAGAGAUUCAGAUUUCCAGAGUUUGUAAGCUUUGGAAGAUGCUAGUUGAGCAUUCUACACUAUGGAGACAUGUACCUGACACCUUACAGGCUUUGCCUGCUUAGUGCUUGGACUGUCUGAGAGCGAAAACCCGGAGAAAGACACCUGGCAACUGAGUUAAUGACAAUGCAGCCACUGGAAUCAGUGACAUUUGAAGAUGUAGCUAUAGACUUCACCAAGGAAGAGUGGGACCUGCUGGACAUAUCCCAGCGAAAGCUGUUCAGGGAUGUCAUGCUGGAAAAUAUACGUCACCUCGUCUCCCUGGGAUAUCAGCAUUGCAAAUCAGAUUUGAUUUUCCAGUUGGAGCAAGGACAAGAGCUGUGGAGUGAAGGAACUAGAUUUCUUCAAGGUCAGAGCCCAGGCAGGGGAAAUGCCUUUAAAGAGCAAGAAAUGAUAGCCACACAACGUAUCAGCAGGAAGGACACAUCUGCAAUCAUGCCAGUGCAGGAAUCUCAUACUCCAGAGGAUCCCUUUGAAUAUAAAGAUUUGGAAGAUUUCACUCAUGGCUUCAUGUUGACUCAACAUUUGUUAACUCACACAGAAAAGACACCUUGUAUCAGUAAACAGUGUCCAAAAUCCCUUAGUGACCAGUCAUACCUUAAUCAACAUAAGCAAAUUCACACCAGAGGUAAAUCAUGUGAGUGCCAUCUGUGUGGAAAAGCCUUUAGUAAUUGCUCAAGCCUUAGGAGACAUGAGAUGACUCACACUGGAGAGAAACCAUAUGAAUGCCAUAUCUGUGGGAAUGCCUUUAUUCAAAGCUCAGACCUUAGAAAACACAAUCUAACUCACACUGGAGAGAAACCAUAUGAAUGUCAUCUAUGUGGGAAAGCCUUCAGUCAGUCCUCCAACCUCAGACAGCAUGAGAGAACACACACUGGAGAGCAGCCAUAUGAGUGUCACCUGUGUGGGAAGGCCUUCAGUAAAUGUUCUGCCCUCAGACGACAUGAAAGAACUCACACUGGAGAGAAACCAUAUGAAUGUCAUCGUUGUGGGAAAUCCUUCAGUCAGUGUUCUGCUCUUAGACGACACGAGGGAACCCACAAUGGAGAGAAAAUUAUGAAUGCCUUCAGUAAAUAUUCUGACCUUAGAUAACAUCGUAUUAUAAAUGUAAUGAAUGUGGGUGAGACUUCAACCAUAGCGUUAACAUUUAAACACACCGCUAGAGGACUUGCACAUUGAAGAAACUGUCUGUAAUCAAUGUAGAAGAUCCCUCAGUCAUUCUUCCUCAUUUGACAUACACCAGCUUAAAUGGAAGAAAUCCCUGUGUGUGACAACUGUGCAGCAGAACCACGAAAGAUGUAAGAGAACUCACUCUGUAAAUAUAAGGAAUGGAGAGGUCUUAAGCAACAGCUCUCAACCUGAAACACACUAUUGGGCCUGCACCAGGGAGCACCCCUAGCUCUGUGAGCACUGUGAACGGCACGCAGCCAGGCACCAGGUGUGGUGCACACAAGAAAACUCAGUGAAGUCUGAAUAAACACUAACACAAGAUGUAAGAGGAUGAAUGCUCUUGAGGAAUAACAGUUCAUAUUGCAGUGAGAAAUGAGAGACCCUUUGUUCACAGAGAGGCAUUUGGGGCACGUGUGAAGAUUCGGACUGUAUACAGCACUCAGUGUCCGUGAUCACUCACUUCUCAGCCAACAUUAAGCUUCUUACCUGAGGAGAUGGCAGUCAGGAAACCACAGUGGCAGGAACUUCAGGCAGAUUUCGUAUCAGGAAACUAAGUCUAGGGAAAAACCUCUAAAAUUAGAGCCUUUAACAUACAAUGUAACCAGUAAUUCAGGAUUUUGAGAAAAAUAUUCAUGGGGAAAAUGUGGCAUAUAAAUACAAAAAGGUAAAGUUGGUCUAAGCAUAUUGAAUACAGAAUUUUCUAAAACGUAAAACUUUUUCAAUACAUUAUUUCCUGUAAAUAUUUAAUAAACCUUGUUGCU